UGCAUCGUCACAAUCAUCUACGGAGCUCCGUCCUGGAAUGACCUGUGCAAGACAUUGAAUGCCCUCCUGUACCGACUGCGGUACUGCAACAUUUCAGUGAGCCUCCCGAAAAGUGAAUUCGGAGUCAAGAAAUGCAAGUACCUCGGGCAUGACAUCAGCUCGGACGGAAUCUGGGCGUCCCCAAAACCGGCGGAAAAGGACCUCAACUUGCCUUUACCAAAGACUCAGAAGGGGGUACAGUCCUUCCUCGGGAGCCUCAACUACUAUGCUAAGUUCAUCGAAGACCUACCCGUGCUCGCGGCCACGCUCUACGAAACAUCGGACGAGCAACUCCGUUCCGGGCGAGAUUUGGAGAAACCUAGGCAUGUGUUCAGGAUACUCAAGGACCGACUAGUGUCGACACCACUACUCCAGCACCCCGACCCCGGGAGGCAGUAUAAAAUUCUCGUGUAUACCCGGUACUCGGUGCUGGCGUGGCUGUUCAAGUCCAAGACGGUAGAUGGGAGAUGCCUCAAGUGGGUGGUCAACUUGUCUCCCUGGGACCUGGAUAUCCGGCGAGGCGAGAACGACGAAGAUGGCUUUGCGGCGAUCCUGGGAGCGGAUAUCACCCCCCCCCCGGGAACGCUUCGACGAAGUCGUAGAGACCCUAGUUUCGGAAAGGGGUUCCCGGAUCAAGACACCACCAGGGGCGCCGCUUGCAUUCUCUGGAGCCUCCCGAGUUGGGAGACUGUGGCGGCCACGGGACACUUCCUUGAGAAGGCUACCGUGAAUGAAGCCGAAUAUUCCGGAUUGGUCAAAGGCAUGCAGCUUGCUUUAGACGCGGGGGAAACCGAAGGACUCCAAGCUAAGUUCAAAUCCUUGCUCCUAGUACAUGUGAAGAGAGACUUCCACGCCGACUACAUUUCCAAGAGGGUCAUCCAAGAGCAGGCAUCAUUGGAAGUCACGGACCUCAGGAAACGGAAGUUGCUUCAAGGCCUGAACCGGAUCCACGAAAAACUGAUGAAGGACCCGAGGCCCACAGAACAGUCGCUGGUUGAGUGCGCUUUCAUAGCCACAGCCCGGGGCAUACCUAGGUGUUCCCCGGGGGGCGAAACAUUCGUGACGACGCGCUCAGCGUCCGAGCAAAGCAAAGUUGCUGAAGAAUCGACUCGAGAAUUCGGAGCUGACCACUUAGAAUUUGUCGACCCCGAGGCCGACGAGCUGGGAACCGAAGGCGCGGAAGAUGAGCUGACAGCCGGUCCCCGAAACUCCGACUCCCAGGGCUCCGAAGAUAAUCCUGAGGACGCUCAACAAUUGUCUCUGAGGCAGACAACGCACCUGACCAAGAUAGCGGACCAGUUCGUUCUGGACUCCCGGGAUGCGUUGUUCUAUGUGAGUCGAAACAUCCCAGAACGCCCCCGGCACGCUGCCGAUCGUCUCUGCCUGGUAGUUCCCCAGGACCUCCAAGGGAAUAUUCUGCACCACUGUCACGCGGACCUCCAAGGCGCUCACCAGGGCAUCAUCCGGACCUGCGAGAGAUUGCGUAAAGAAUUUUACUGGAUUGGGAUGUUUAAGGACACGGAGCGAUACGUCAAAGAGUGCGUGGAUUGCGUCACGGCUAAGGGGUUACCCCAGAACCCAGGCUCGUCGCCCGGCAAUUUGCUGGCUACGCGACCAUUUCAAGUCGUCUCGAUGGACUUUGUUAUACCGUUGCAUCAGUCAGCCCGGGGAAAUACAGCACUACUCCUGUUCCAGUGUGCGAUCUCGGGGUUCAUCAUGUGCAAAGCCAUGGUAAGCACUGAAGCCCAAGAUGUGGCCGAAGCCUACGAAGAAUGCGUGUUCCGGAGGUUCGUAGCCAGCGAAAUGAUCCGCCACGACCGAGACCCACGGUUCAUGGGUCGGGUGUUCAAGCACUUCAGGGAGAUGCUCGGGAGUAGACAACGCGCGACUCUGGCCUAUCGCCCCCAGGCUAACGGACAGCAGGCGAGGUCAGUGCACACAGUGAUCCGAGAUGUCAAGGCGUACGUACAGACGGUGGAACAGAGCGACUGGGAUGAGCUAGCCGAAAAACUCAUGUGGGCAUUGAGCACUUCCUUCGACUUCACUCGACUUGAUACGCCAUUCUACUUAGUGUAUGGCUGGGCCACCCAGGGCACUGUCGAAGCCCUAAUGGGGAACUUUCCCCGUGACGUCCAACUCCGAGACGUCCAGGAGUGGCGCACGAAGAUCCAACGCCAAGUCGAGUACGCCCGAGCCUGGGCCCGGGACCUCCAAGCAAAGACCAAAAGACGCCGAGCCGAGGACCAUAACCGGAAAUGGAAACUGCUCACGGACCGGCUCAAAGAAGGUUUUGAGGUCGGGGACUCAGUUUGGGUCUACCUAGCCCGGGUCCGCCCCGGACUCACCAAGAAGCUGGCUCAUCUUUGGCACGGUCCGUUCCGGAUUCUGGAAAAAGGUAGCGACUACCGGCCCUCGGAGGCCAUGAAUAUCCCGGAGGACGACGACUUCGACGCUGCGCUGCUCCGUGAAGAUAGCUGGGAGCCCGACGAGGGUUCCGGGGAAUACGAAGUAGAAGCAAUACUCGAUGUGCGUUGGGUCACCCGUACCCGCACUAGCCGGCGCGUCAAGGAAUACCAAGUAAAAUGGAAAGGGUAUGAAGGGUCGGUCUGGGUUCCCCAGGGACACCUCAAUUGCGGGAGGCUCCUCUACGAGUUCGACCAAGGAGAGCGAGCCCGCGUGCGUUUUUAG